UAGAUUUGCCAGUUGGUUCAUCCGAUCGAUUGAGAUUGAGAGGACACUGGUAGUUUACUACUUGAUGAUCAUGGCUCAGAAGGGCAGUCGAUCGAAGAGCAGGAGCAAGAGCAAGAGCGGUGGCAGGCAAGAGAAGAGGGGGAGCCUCCGACGGAGGAGCAGCCCACUCAGAAAGAACUCCGAAGGAGAAGGUGCAGUAAGUAGAAGGAAAGACGAACACGAAUGUCAACUCAAAACAUUUGUUAUAUUGAAGCUCGGUUGGAUUUCGAAGAGUACUGCAGAAGAUAUCAAGAAGUGGAUUGAAAGCUUUGGAGCCUUUGAAUCCGAAGAAGUUGAGUCGGAGAAGCUGACGAUGACCGGAAAAGUGGACACGAAGAGGCUGCGAGAGACGGUCUCGGGGAAGGCCCAGCUCAAAAACAAAAUUGACGUUGAAAAAGGCCCCAAAAGAAGAAGCUGCAGGUGGAUUGAGAAAAGACGACGACGGCGGCCAAAACGAUAAAAACAGCGGCAAGAUCCUCAAAAAAGAAGUGGAAAGAUCCACUUCUUUCCAGAAACAACGGCCAAAACGAUGAAAGAGAAACCGUCGAAAGAUCCAGAAAGAAGAAGGAAUAUCGAGAACAAACGACGACAGUCAAAACAAGAACGACAACGGGAAGACCCACGGAGAAGAAGACCGUGAUCUGGACACAGUUGUGGUACUGAAACUCGGAUUGAAUUCCGAGAGUUUUGGUGCGGACAUUCAGAAGUGGAUUAGUAGCUUUGGAGCCGUUGAAUCCAAAGACUGUAUGUCGGGCACGCAGACGGUGACCGGAAGAGUGGACGCGAAGACGCUGGGAGAGAUGCUUUCGAUGAUGGCCAGCAACACUGACGUCCCCGGCGGCGACGAGGCAGGGUUGGCGACCCAUGGAAAGCUACCGAAAAAUCCAGAUGACACCAAUUUCUAAUUAAUGACGAUGUCGGAAUUUAUUAUUGUUGCAGGGGUAUUUUGGGGAGAGCAUUGUUUUUAUCCAUCUUUAUAUAUAUAUAUAUAUAUAUAUUUAUAUUGCAUAUUAAAUAAACAA